AUGCAGAAAAGCUUCCUUGGUUUUACCAUUGCCAUCUUUUUGACACUCUUCGUCCUGGUUGCCCUCGGUCUUCCUCUUAAUGAAAACAGCAAGGCAUUGAUUCAGAAGAAGCGGGAUCAGGAUUCGGUAGGCGAUUUAGACGAUUUAGGCGAUUUAGGCGAUUUAGGCGAUUUAGGCGAUUUAGGCGAUUUGAUUGAUGGCCUCGGUGAUGGCCUCGGUGAUGGCCUCGGUGAUGGCCUCGGUGACGGACUUGGAGACUUACUAGAUCGUCGUGAAGUCGAAAAGCCUGGAUUUGAAAAAUAA